UCCAAAGCAACGCGUAAACUCGCAUUGUUCUGGUGUUCCGCCCAAAUACGAUCGUUCUAAUAAAGAUGUCAAAACCAAACGAACCGAAUGUGAGCACGCGCGGAAGGACGCUGAUUUUGAAAAGCAUUUCGUUAUUUCUCUCCGGUCGUAAUGCUAGAUCAAACUCGCAACAACCCAAGCCGGUUAAAACCAAGAAAAUGAAUGAUAAAGAUAGCAAAAAUAAAAUUUCACCUAAACUUCUCGAAAUUGCUAAAAAAGAAACUCAUUUUACCAGAUUGGAGAUUGAAAAUCUUUAUAAAGUCUAUCGAAGAUUAAUUUCAAUGAAUCGGCCGAAAACUCAUCAAGACAAAAACGUCGCUGCAACAUCUUCAAUUGGAAAAACUACAUCUGAAGGAAUCGACCGAGUGAUUUUUCGCGAACUCUUACACAGCUCAUUCGACAUAGUAACCGAAGAUAUGAUGAUGGACCGCAUCUUUUGCGUUUGGGAUAAAACCAAUUCAGGUUUAAUAACACCAGAAUCCUGGUUUUUGGGGUUAAAUAUAUUCCUUCGUGGCACUCUCGCCGAACAAACCGAUUUUUGCUUCUUCGUUUACGACUUAAACGCCGACGGAUUUAUUACUAAGGACGAAAUGUUUCAAUUAUUAAAAAAUUGUUUGAUAAAACAACCACAAGAUGAAGACCCCGAUGAAGGUGUUAAAGAUUUAGUUGAAAUUAUAUUAAGAAAAUUGGAUAAAGAUAAAGACGGAAAAGUUUCUUUGGACGAUUAUAGAACUUCGGUGAAAGAAGAACCGCUCCUUUUAGAAGCUUUUGGUAGAUGUUUACCGAAUGAAAGAGCCACCGAUACUUUUAUAACAACAAUGAAAAUGUAAAUAAAAAAAAUUUGUUAAUUUAUUACGCAAGAAUUUAAAAAACUUAA